AUGAAUGUCACCCUGUGUUACAAAUCCCUGUGUUACAAAUCCCUGUGUUACAAAGUCCUGUGUUACAAAUCCCUGUGUUACAAAUCUCUGUGUUACAAAGUCCUGUGUUACAAAAUCCUGUGUUACAAAGUCCUGUGUUACAAAUCCCUGUGUUACAAAGUCCUGUGUUACAAAGUCCUGUGUUACAAAUCCCUGUGUUACAAAGUCCUGUGUUACAAAGUCCUGUGUUACAAAGUCCUGUGUUACAAAUCCCUGUGUUACAAAUCCCUGUGUUACAAAGUCCUGUGUUACAAAGUCCUGUGUUACAAAGUCCUGUGUUACAAAGUCCUGUGUUACAAAUCCCUGUGUUACAAAUCCCUAUGUUACAAAGUCCUGUGUUACAAAGUCCUGUGUUACAAAGUCCUGUGUUACAAAGUCCCGUGUUACAAAUCCCUGUGUUACAAAUCCCUGUGUUACAAAUCCCUAUGUUACAAAGUCCUGUGUUACAAAGUCCUGUGUUACAAAGUCCUGUGUUACAAAGUCCCGUGUUACAAAUCCCUGUGUUACAAAUCCCUGUGUUACAAAGUCCUGUGUUACAAAUCCCUGUGUUACAAAUCUCUGUGUUACAAAGUCCUGUGUUACAAAAUCCUGUGUUACAAAGUCCUGUGUUACAAAUCCCUGUGUUACAAAGUCCUGUGUUACAAAGUCCUGUGUUACAAAUCCCUGUGUUACAAAGUCCUGUGUUACAAAGUCCUGUGUUACAAAGUCCUGUGUUACAAAUCCCUGUGUUACAAAUCCCUGUGUUACAAAGUCCUGUUCCUGUGUUACAAAGGCCUGUGUUACAAAGCCCUGUGUUACAAAGUCCUGUGUUACAAAGUCCUGUGUUACAAAGUCCUGUGUUACAAAUCCCUGUGUUACAAAUCCCUAUGUUACAAAGUCCUGUGUUACAAAGUCCUGUGUUACAAAGUCCUGUGUUACAAAGUCCCGUGUUACAAAUCCCUGUGUUACAAAUCCCUGUGUUACAAAGUCCUGUGUUACAAAUCCCUGUGUUACAAAUCUCUGUGUUACAAAGUCCUGUGUUACAAAAUCCUGUGUUACAAAGUCCUGUGUUACAAAUCCCUGUGUUACAAAGUCCUGUGUUACAAAGUCCUGUGUUACAAAUCCCUGUGUUACAAAGUCCUGUGUUACAAAGUCCUGUGUUACAAAGUCCUGUGUUACAAAUCCCUGUGUUACAAAUCCCUGUGUUACAAAGUCCUGUGUUACAAAGUCCUGUGUUACAAAGUCCUGUGUUACAAAGUCCUGUGUUACAAAUCCCUGUGUUACAAAUCCCUGUGUUACAAAGUCCUGUGUUACAAAGGCCUGUGUUACAAAGCCCUGUGUUACAAAGUCCUGUGUUACAAAGUCCUGUGUUACAAAGUCCUGUGUUACAAAGCCCUGACCUCAGUGACCCUAGAGUCAGCCAAGAAGGAGAAGAAGCCAAAGACACAACAGAUGGAGAGGCUUACAAUGGACACGUAA